UCAAGCCCCAACGUCAUGGCUAGUGUCACGUCUCACUGUGCAAUGAGCAAUGGAACUGCCUUCCAACACGUCUUCAUGCCAAUUCAGAGUUCCUCCAUUAGUGUACCAAGAGCAAGUGUACCAAUAAUUUGUAUACCAAGAGCAAGCGUGUCAAGUAUUAGUGAGACCUCAAGAGAGACCUCAAGCAAUUUAGAAGACGGAGGACAAGUGGUAGGUGCAGCCAUUGGGGAGCAGGUUACCCGUGUGCAGAAAGUGUUUCUGUAUAAUGCCUCCGAUAAAACAGUGCAGAGUGUACAAACUUCCAAUCAGGUUAGCACUGUAAAAGAAGUCCAAAGCAAGUGUUUAGAAAGUGGGCAUCGGGUUGGAUAUUCAGAGAGCAGCGCUAACACCAGCUCUGCACAACAUGGAGCUAGCGCUAACACCAGCUCUGCACAACAUGGAGCUAGCACUAACACCAGCUCUGCACAACAUGGAGCGAGCGCUAAAACCAGCUCUGCACAACAUGGAGCUAGCGCUAACACCAGCUCUGCACAACAUGGAGCUAGCGCUAACACCAGCUCUGCACAACAUGGAGCUAGCACUAACACUAGCUCUGCACAACAUGGAGCUAGCGUUAACACCAGCUCUGCACAACAUGGAGCUAGCGCUAACACCAGCUCUGCACAACAUGGAGCUAGCGCUAACACCAGCUCUGCACAACAUGGAGCUAGCGUUAACACCAGCUCUGCACAACAUGGAGCUAGCGCUAACACCAGCUCUGCACAACAAGGAGCUCACAUUGUGAGUAGCGUUGAGAAUAAAACCACCACUGUCAGUAGAGUCAAUGACAGACCACUUGAUAAUAUCAGUGUGAUUAUCUCAACAGCUCAGAUUAGCGAAGAUGCAUCUCAGAUUAAAGACACAGAAGUUGUUCAGAUCACUAGUAGUGAUGUUGAUGUUACCAAUGUUAACUGUGGAGGACAGACUGCUAGCAACGUGAAUGAAGAAGAGAUAAGCAUUGCCGAUGACACAGUACAAGUUAGCAGUGAGGAGGCCGUAGUGGUGGUUGGUGUCAGGGAUGUAAAAAGCACAGGUCAGAUAAAAUGUAGGGAAACUGAGAUCCAGGAGAGAAGUGUGGAAAGUGAGACUAACAUUGGCAGUGAAAAUCAGAUUGUUAGUACUGUGCAUGAUGCUCGAAUGAUCUCUGCAGAGGAAGAAAACCAAUUCAGAAGUGAGGAGACUCAGAUUGACAGCAUGGAGGUUAGGAGUCAGAUGAAUAGCUGUCAAAUUGAAACUCAGAUCAGUGGAGUUCUGAGUGUUUCGGAAAUUGUUGCUCAGAUAACCCGUGUAGGAAAUGGCAGUCAGAUCAGCUGUGUUGAAACUGGAGCACAGCUCUGCUCCUUGGAGAUAAACAUCACAGAAAAUGAGGUUCAGCCAAGCAGUCAGCCAACAGAAGUAAAUAUCACCCAAUCGGAAGACAGAUUUGAGAUGAUAAAUGCUGAACAUGGAGAGCAUGUUAUUAUAGAGGAAACUAUCAUUGAGGAGACAAGCUGUAUAUCCAGAAAGAGUGACACUGUGGAGAGCAGCAGGGUUGAAAGCGUAGGACCGGUUGAUAAGCUGGAAGUCACAGCUGUAGUUGGUGAUGCAGACGACGAAGGUCAAACAAACUGUGAGGAGAGUAGAGGUCAGAUAAACAUUGCUCAGGGUGGUGACCUGACGAGCACAAUCAUAACAACAAGUGUGGUUGAAAUGAAGAGUGCUGAUGAGGCUGAUGACCUGACAAGAAGUGUGGUUGAGAUGAUCAGCACAGAAAUAUCAAUGGCAUCCAGCGCUGAAUUUGAGGUUCCAAUUGUCCACAGGGAGUACAGAGCUCAAACCCCCUUGAUGGAGAGUGAAGGUAUGAUUAGCAGAGAUGUUCAAAUGAUUGACCAUGUCUCUACAGGUGACAUAAGCACUGUGGAAACUGUAGUAGUCUCGUUCCCAUCCGUGUCUCAGACAACUGACAGCGAUAAUGCUAGCAGCAUGGGAUGCGAGGCUAAGGAAACUGUGAUCCAGGUGAAGAAAGUGGAAGGUCCAGUUCCAAACAGCAGUGCAGAACAUCGGGGUAUGAUCACCAAUGUUGUACAGAUUAGCAGCGCUGCAAGUGACAAUACGAUCAGCAGUGCCACCGGUGAAGUGGUAAAAGUGCCAGCUAGCACAGUGGCAAGUGCAGUGGAGAUCAUCAGUGAUAUGAGAAGUGGAAGUAUGAUAAGUACUGGAGGUAUGACUAGUGUAGGCAGUGGUGGUUUGAUCAGCAGGACAGAAAGUGGCUAUAUGAUGAAUAAUGUGGUAAGUGGACAGAUGAUAUCUAGUGCAGGAAGUAGACACAUGGUAACUAGUGCAGGAAGUGGACACAUGAUAACUAGUGCAGGAAGUGGACAGAUGAUAACUAGUGCAGGAAGUGGACACAUGAUAACUAGUGCAGGAAGUGGACACAUGUUAACUAGUGCAAGUAGUGGAGGAAGUGGAGAAUGGUUGGUUUAUGGUGGAGGUACAGGCAGACUCAGUGGUCCAGGUAGUGGAGGCAGACUCAGUGGUCCAGGUAGUGGAGGCAGACUCAGUGGUCCAGGUAGUGGAGGCAGACUCAGUGGUCCAGGUAGUGGAGGCAGACUCAGUGGUCCAGGUAGUGGAGGCAGACUCAGUGGUCCAGGUAGUGGAGGCAGACUCAGUGGUCCAGGUAGUGGAGACAGACUCAGUGGUCCAGGUAGUGGAGGCAGACUCAGUGGUCCAGGUAGUGGAGACAGACUCAGUGGUCCAGGUAGUGGAGACAGACUCAGUGGUCCAGGUAAUAGUAACGGCAGUGGAGUCUGGACCCAUGUGAAUUCCGAAAGUGCCUCUCAGUUUAACAGAAACACGAGCAAUGAAAGGACUGGUAGACUUAGCAGUGCAGGAAGUGGAGAAUGGAAGGUUUAUAGUAGAAGUAAUGGACAGAUCAGUAAGGCAGGAAGUGGGGGAAGAAUCAGCAGUGCUGGAAGUGGACACAUGAUCAGCAGUGCUGGAGGUGGACACAUGAUCAGCAGUGCUGCAAGUGGAGGUAGACUGAGAAGCAGAAGCACAGGAAGUGGAGGUGGACUAAGUAGUGCAGGUAGUGGACAUAUGAUCAGUAGUGCAGGAAGUAGAGGUAGACUGAGUAGCAGUAGCACAGGAAGUGGAGGUAGUGGACAUAUGAUCAGUAGUGCAGGUACUAGUGGACAGAGAAUUAGUAGUACAGAGGGUGGUGUCAGGAUCAGCAGUGGGGGUAGUCGAGUGAUUACCAGCAGUGGUGGUCCAGCCAGCGGCCCCAGCAGAGUGACCAUCAGGAACACAGGAAGCGGAGGCGGUGGAGGCAGAGAGCGGAUCAGCGUCUGUAAAAUGGCUGCCCUCUCCAUAUCAGCUGCCGUGAAAGAAAGAGAAAAGGCCCAGGAGGUCCGUCGGGAAUCCUAAACAAAACGGGUGUCAGCCACCAGUCCUCAGGUCCAGCGGUGGGUGAGAACAUCAGUGGAAGAAACUGUGGACAACAGUAAAACUGAUGACAACAGUGUGCCAUUCUGAGUGGACAGAGGAGCAAGGCAUAAUGACAAAAUAGUCACACUACUUAUAGUUAAUAAAUAUCUAUUACAUUGCAUUCCAUCAAAGGAGCGUUAAUACCUUUAAAUGACCAGUAUCACAAUGCACCUUCAUGUUAGAAAACAUGUUUUCACAGGAUCUCUGUCUGCAAUAAUUCCUGUUACUGUGCCUUUCAUCAUUGCUGUGAAUAAGUAAUGCACUGAGUUUUCUGUUUGAACAGUAAUCUAUAAAGUUCUGAAAUAUACUCUGACAUAGUUAUAGGGACGCAGGGGUGAUGCAAUUUGUUCUACGCCAAACAAUUUGAUCUUAAUGGAUUCGGUUUCCUUGUAAAGAGCUUACACUUACAUUUAUCCAGAAGAUGUCAGUAUAUGCAUUUAGGUGAUCAGUUGUGGAGCGAGUCAGCUAGUCAUCUCAUUUGACACAUUUACGCAAGUUAGUAUAACUUGUAGAUUUUAUUUUAGUAGUUUGAAGUCAAUGUAUCAAAGCUUAAAUAAAGCUUCUGAUGACUUAUUACAUUAUAUUGUUUUUAAUGAUGAAGAACAUAUUUUACUGUUAUUACUUCACACUUAUGAAUACAAUUGUUCUGAAAUAUUAUUCUCAUCUUAUUUCGUUUUAUUGUGAUACACAUUUGAAAU